AUGGCUUCAGUAUCGCCGGCUCGUCCCUCACGCCGCGCCGCAACCCGCCGAGCCCGCGUCAUCGAUUCCUCCGAUGCAGAAGAGGACCAGUCCGCCCCGCAACAGAGUAUUGAAGAUGACAGCGAGGAAGAGUUCACACCAGCGCCUCAGCGUACAGCACGGCGGACGGCACGGCGAAAGACUACAGAUGCAUCAGAGGCACAAACCCCACGCACAACAACCCGUACCCGGCGCACACGAACCGGGGAGUCAGUCGAGCCAAGCCAGAUAUUUAGUCCCGCAGAGAGCAUGCCGCCUGAGCCCAUAUCACCGAUCAAGGCUCCAUCACCAAAGAAACGGCAGACGUUAAGGCAGAAGAGGAAGAGCAGGGUGAGCGUGUCUAUUGCGCCGGAUCUCACAGACGUUCCGGAACUACCUCCUCCGUUGCCUACGCCCCAGCCUUCUGCGAGCCCGGAGCCCAUAGUGGGGAGGCAUGAUACGCCCCUAGCAGACAUUACGGAGACGGCCGUCAACGAGCGGACGCCAGUUCCAUCGCCACGAAAAGAUGAAGCAAGACCUGCCAUGCCAGAAAAGCCCAUGGACAUCGUCGUCCGCACCCGAGCAACGACUACUCUACCACCUUCCUCGCAGGAACCAACAGCGCCUAGAUCACGAACAGUAAUAACGCACCUCGUCCUCACUAACUUCAAAUCCUACGCAGGCCGGCAAGAAGUCGGUCCCUUCCACGCUUCCUUCUCCUCCGUCGUUGGGCCUAACGGUUCCGGCAAAUCCAAUGUCAUCGACUCCCUCCUCUUCGUGUUCGGCUUCCGGGCGUCUAAGAUGAGGCAGGGCAAAAUCAGCGCCCUCAUCCACAACAGCGCCGCAUACCCCGACCUCGACCACUGCGAAGUCUCCGUCCACUUCCAAGAAGUCCGCGACCUGCCCAACGGCCAGCACGAAGUGGUCCUUGACUCCACUCUCGUCAUCUCGCGGCGCGCCUUCAAGAACAACGCCUCCAAAUACUACAUCAACAACUCCGAGUCCAACUUCACAGCCGUGACGACUCUACUGCGUGACCGCGGCGUGGACCUCGACCACAAGCGCUUCUUGAUCCUCCAGGGCGAGGUCGAGUCCAUCGCGCAGAUGAAGCCGAAGGCGGCCUCUGAGCACGACGACGGGCUGCUCGAGUACCUAGAAGACAUUAUCGGGACGUCGCGGUACAAGGCUGGGAUUGAGGAGAGCGCGGCGGCGACCGAGACGCUGAAUGAAGUCUGUCAGGAGAAGCAGGGGCGGGUGGCUCACGUGGAGAAGGAGCGGGACGCGCUAGAAGACAAGAAGGAGAAGGCGCUGGAGUUUGUGAGGGAUGAGAACGAACUAGCAAGCAAACGGGCGGCACUGUGGCAGGUCUUCGUGGUUGACUGCGAGGACAAUAUAGGGGUCAUGGAGGAGGCUGUAGGGCAGAUGCAAGGGCAGCUCGAGGAGGAGCUGCUGAAGCAUCAGGGCAAUGAGGAGGAGAUCAAGACGCUGGAGAAGCGUUAUAAGGCCGGUUCGAAGGAGUACGACCAACUGCAGAAGCAGACCGAGGCCGUGAUCAAGGAGGUCGCAAAACUGGAUAAGGAGACAGUCAAGUUCGAGGAGAAGAAGAAGUUUCUGUCCGGCAAGCAAAAGAACCUCGAAAAGUCGCUGCAGUCGAGCAAGUCCGCAAUAGCAGAGGCGGACACAAGUACGAAGCAAUGCACCGAUGACAUUGCUCGCAACACUGGCCAGAUCGAGGAGCUAGAGCACGAGAUGCAGCGGGAGGAAAAGGAGCUAGCGAAGAUUAGAGACAGCCUCAAAGGCAAGACGCAAGGUAUCAGUGAUCAGAUCGCCGCGAAGCAGAAGAGCUUAGAGCCGUGGAACGAGAAGAUCAACGAGAAGCAGUCUGCCAUCGCUGUUGCGCAGAGCGAGUUGGAGAUUCUUCGGGAGAAGGACAAUGCCGGCGCAAAGGCAAUCGAAGAGGUGCAAGCCAAGAUCGCCGCCUUCGAAGAAUCGAAAGAAAGCAAAGCCGCAGAACUCGAGGAGUGCAAGACCCAAAAGCGACAGGUCGAGAAGGACAUGCAGAGGGUGCAAGCUGAGAUCGAAGACCUAGCGAAGAAGGAGCCAGCAAUCCGCUCCAGAGUCUCAGGGGCGCGGCAGAAAGCAGACGAAGCUCGUGCCAGUCUCUCCGCGACCCAGACACAGGGCAACGUGCUCACAGGCCUUAUGCGACUAAAGGAGUCUGGUCGUAUCGAUGGCUUCCACGGCCGCCUCGGCAACCUUGGAGCUAUCGACCAGAAGUACGACGUUGCUAUAUCCACAGCUUGUCCAUCCCUGGACAAUCUAGUAGUCGACUCGGUCGAAGUCGGUCAGCAAUGCAUCGACUACCUCCGCAAGAACAAUCUCGGCCGAGCAAACUUCAUCCUCCUUGACCGACUCCCAAAGCGCGAUCUCUCCGCCAUCGAGACGCCCGAAAACGUCCCGCGCUUGUUCGACCUAGUAAAGUCGAAAAACGAAAGGUUCCUCCCAGCAUUCUACAGCGUCCUCCAGAACACUCUCGUGGCUAAGGACCUCGAGCAAGCCAACCGAAUCGCCUACGGAGCGAAACGAUGGCGCGUCGUCACGCUUGAUGGGCAGCUAAUCGACAAGUCCGGCACAAUGAGCGGUGGCGGCAUGCGCGUCGCAAAGGGCGGCAUGUCCAGCAAGCUCGCCGCCGACGUGUCAAAGGAUCAGGUGGCGAAGCUAGAGGUUGAUCGGGACCAGCUAGAGCAGACGUACGCGGAGCUCCAGCGACAGCAGCGAGACGCCGAUGCAGCUUUGCGAGCGCUAAAGGAUCAGAUUCCGCAACUUGAAACUAAAGCACAGAAGCUGGCGCUCGAGCUUGGGAGCUUUGACCGGAAUAUCGCGGAUGCUCAACGCCGGAUUCAGGAGCUCGGCGCUGAGCAGGGGAUGACGAAGUCGGACAAGAGCCGGAUUGGCGCCCUUGAGAAGAGCAUCACGGGCUUGGAGAGGGAGGUUGCUAAACUGCACGCCGAGACCGCAGGCGUCGAGGAAGAAAUCAAGGUUCUCCAGGACAAAAUCAUGGAGAUUGGCGGUGUCAAGCUGCGUGGUCAAAAAGCCAAAGUCGACGGUCUGAAAGAGCAGAUUGACACGCUCACCGAGGAGAUGUCGACAGCGGAAGUUGCGAAGGCCAAGGCCGAGAAGCAGAAGACGAAGCAUGAGAAAGCUUACGCUGAAGCCACCGCAGAGCUCGACGGCCUCGCUGUGGAACUUGAGAAGGCAGAUCAAGCCAUGAAGGACCAAAACAAGGACGCCUCGGGCUCGCGCCAACAAGCAGAAGAAGCCCAAGAAGCGCUCGAGGCGAAGAAGGAAGAGCUCCAAGCGCUGAAAUCCGAACUCGAUGUUAAAACAGCCGAGCUCAAUGAGACACGCGGCAUCGAAAUCGACAUGCGCAACCAGCUGGAAGAGAACCAAAAGACGCUCGCCGAAAACCAAAAGCGGCUGCGGCACUGGCAGGACAAGCUCAGCAAGCUGACCAUCCAGAACAUCAGCGACCUCGGCGAGGAGCAGGAAGCCGACGCUCUGCCGACCUACACCAAAGACGAGCUACAAGACAUGGACAAGAACGCUCUGAAAGCCGAGAUCGCAGCGCUGGAAGAGAAGACCCAAAACACCAACGUCGAGCUCGGCGUUCUCGCCGAAUACCGCCGCCGCGCCGAAGAGCACACAUCCCGCAGCGCCGACCUCGCCGCCGCCAUCGCCGAACGCGAUGCCGCGAAGAAGCGCUGCGACGACCUGCGGCGGCUGCGGCUGGAAGGGUUCAUGGAGGGCUUCAGCACCAUCUCGCUCCGUCUGAAAGAGAUGUACCAGAUGAUUACCAUGGGCGGCAACGCGGAGCUCGAGCUCGUGGACAGCCUGGAUCCGUUCUCCGAGGGGAUCUUGUUCAGCGUGAUGCCGCCGAAGAAGAGCUGGAAGAACAUUAGCAAUCUGAGUGGAGGCGAGAAGACCCUGAGUUCCCUCGCGCUGGUGUUUGCGCUGCAUCACUAUAAGCCGACGCCGUUGUACGUCAUGGAUGAGAUUGAUGCGGCGCUGGACUUUAGGAAUGUCUCUAUUGUUGCAAGUUACAUCAAGGAGAGGACGAAGAAUGCGCAAUUCAUCGUUAUAUCUCUACGGAACAACAUGUUUGAGCUCGCAUCGCGGUUGGUCGGAGUUUACAAGGUCAAUCACAUGACCAAGAGUGUCACCAUAGAGAAUCGGGAUUAUGUUGUUGGUCGGGCAUAG